AUGUCAAUGGAAGGUAACGAUCCGGACGACUACAGCCGCCUCACAUACCGAAAGCUUUUAGAAGAAGUAUGCAGGUUCUCCAACGUACUCAAAUCGUUAGGCGUUGCCAAAGGAGACAGGGUUGCCAUUUACAUGCCCAUGAUUCUAGAAACAGUUAUCGCCAUGCUCGCUUGCUCCAGGAUAGGUGCAGUUCAUUCCAUAGUUUUUGCUGGUUUUUCAUCUGACUCCCUUGGUGAAAGAAUGCAUGACUGCAGAGCUCGAGUUCUCUUAACUGCAGACUUUGUAUACCGUGGAGAAAAGCUCCUUAGGCUGAAAGAAAUCUGUGAUGAUGCACUCAAAAAAUGUGAAAACUUGGGGCACAAAGUAGAUAACUGCAUCGUAGUGAAGCACCUACCUCGAUUAAGUGCUUCGUCAAAUUGCACAAAUGGUUCAGACGCAAAACAGUCACAACAACUGAAUGUCCCUUGGAAUGAUGAAAGGGAUGUUUGGUGGCAUGAUAUGAUGGAGGAUGCUUCCACUUCAUGCUAUCCAGUGUGGGUUAGCGCCGAAGAUCCACUUUUUAUGUUAUACACGAGUGGCUCUACUGGCAAACCAAAAGGUGUUCUACAUACAACUGGAGGAUAUUUGUUGUACGCUGCCACAACAUUCAAAUAUGUUUUUGAUUACCAUCCAAAUGAUGUUUAUUGGUGUACAGCUGAUAUUGGUUGGAUCACAGGUCAUACUUAUGUUGUAUAUGGCCCACUCGCUAAUGGUGCCACAUCUGUAAUUUUUGAAGGAACACCAUUCCACCCACAAAAUGACAGGUUUUGGGCUGUUAUUGAAAAGUAUAAAGUCAACCAGUUCUACACUGCUCCCACUGCUAUCAGAGCAUUAAUGAAGUUUGGCGAAGAACCUGUUAAAAAGCAUGAUCUUACAACGCUGAAAGUGUUAGGCUCGGUUGGAGAACCAAUCAAUCCAGAAGCAUGGAUGUGGUAUUAUCGUCUUGUUGGUGGUCAGAGAUGCUCAAUAGUUGACACAUUCUGGCAAACAGAAACAGGAGGACAUGUUCUCACACCUUUACCAGGAUGUACUCCUAUGAAACCUGGUUCAGCAACCUUACCAUUUUUUGGGGUAAAGCCCGAACUUUUGGAUGAAGAAGGAAAAAAGAUUGAGGGACCAGGCGAAGGUUAUUUAGUCUUCAGCAUGCCAUGGCCAGGAAUGAUGCGUACUCUUUUUGAUAAUCAUAAAAGAUUUGAAGAUACCUACUUCACAAAAUUUCCUGGUUUCUAUGCAACUGGUGAUGGUGCUAGAAGAGACAAGGAUGGUUAUCUCUGGGUCACUGGCAGGGUAGAUGACAUGUUGAAUGUAUCAGGACAUCUGAUGUCAACAGCAGAAGUUGAAUCUGUAUUAACCGAACACCAAGACGUUGCAGAAGCAGCUGUUGUCUCGAGACCCCAUCCAGUUAAAGGUCAAUGCCUCUAUUGUUUUAUAACUCCCAAUGCUGGUGCCACUUUUGAUGACAAACUAGUACAGCAACUAAAAAUCAAAGUAAGAGGGAAGAUUGGUCCGUUUGCAAUGCCUGAUGUCAUCCACCAUGCACCAGCACUUCCUAAAACUCGCUCUGGGAAAAUAAUGAGACGAAUUUUGAGAAAAAUUGCUGUCAAUGACCGAGAUGUUGGAGAUACAUCUACCCUCGCUGACGAGCAUGUUGUGCAACAACUUUUUAAGACGAGACCUGAGAAUCUAAACCUUUAAUCAUCUGUUCCGGGUAAUUUCAGCCAUUGUGCUGAAAGGCAGAUUUAGGUCAUAUGUUAGGGCAUAAAUUGCAGAUUUCGUUUGCCUUUAUUAGGUUUAAAUAUAACACACAUUCUUUUAAUUUAUUUAAAUGGUACCUAAGUUCAAAAUAUAUAAUUCUCACUUUAGUUAAUUAAUAAGUAGCAUACUGAAAACUUGUUGGCCAAAAUGACUGUUUAAAGUCUGUGUGAUUGUAAGCUGUAAAAAAAUAAAAUAAAUUAUUAUAUCUUAAGAUAUGUUUACUGAGUGCCACGUUGUUAUUAAAUGUAAUUUGGGGCAUCACUUCAUGUAUCUAAUACUUUUAUUUCAUGUAAACAAUAUUCAGCUAAUUAGAUUCUAUACCUAAUUUUAUGAAUUGGUUUAUUUUUAUUUUAUUUAUUUAUUUUUUUUUUUUUUAGUUUUAUUUUCAAUUAACAUAAUUGGAGGGUCAAAUGGCAUUAUAGAAACAUUUAUCUUGUGCUACGAAUAAAGGUAUAAAAUGAUUCAUUUUCAAUAUUUCCUCCUACCAAUAGCUGGUACAUUGCCGAUUUGAUGGAGGUGCUAAGUGACGAUAUCUAUUGGUUUUAUAAUGGAUAAAGCUGAUUGGAAUUCAGUUUUCUCAGAACUGAAAAUGUAUUGCUCAUCAUCUUUACCCUCUUGAUCCUUCAAUUAAAAUUUAAACACUUUUAAAAAUGUUAUUUAUAGUUUAGUUAUUUGGCUGUGUUCAUAUAUUUUACAUCUGUUGGAUAAAAUAAUACUUAACUGCCACUCGCUGUACCUAAAAGAAAAAGAAAAUCAGAGAAGCUGUACAGUAUGAUUUAGGCUAUAUAUAUUUAUUGCAUUUAAACAAUGAAUGAUAGGAUUAAACUUCUAGCUUUGGUUUAGAAUCAUUUUUCUUUUUCUAAAAAAAAUAAAAAAUCAAUGUUAAGAUAAGAGACCAGCAACUUCUUAUUCUUUAUUAUAGAUAAAUAAGUUAAAUUUAUCCAAAUCAUAAAUUAAGUACGAAAAUAAAUUUCAAAGUACUGCUUUGAAGCAUCAGAUAGUAAUCGCACAAAGUACAAAAUUCAUUAUGUUAAUGUUUUGUAGAGUGUAUAAAGCCGUAUAAAAAAACCUUUUGAAAAAGAAAGGGCCAGAACUAGAAUAUAUAUUAGGGCGGGCAAGCAUAAUUUUGCCGCCCCUUCUUUUAUUACCUUCCCUCCUCUAAUAUGAGACAACAGUUUUAUUUUAAGAUUAUUUUAGAUAAUAUAUUAUGAAAUAAAUAGACACAUCUAAUGUUAUUAACUCAUGUUGUUACAAUUAAAAAACAGACACAAAUAUUUUAUUGUUGACAUAAAAAUAAAAAAUCUCGAAAUUGCAUGCCCUCUAAAUUCUGCUGUCCACCUUUGCCCCUUCCCUUCUCUCUCCGCUAUUUCUGGCCCUGGAAAAUUGAAAGGAGAAUAUUGUUCCUCUAAUUUCUAAUUCCCUCCUUAUAUUGUUAUAUUCAAUUAUUUUAAUAUAGAAUCUAUAUCAUACCAUCUAUUGUUAAAUUAUAUCCAUUCCAUAAAAAUAAAUGAAUAUAAUUAUAUUUCUAUAAAUAUAUACAUAUUAUCUGUAUAUACGUAACUUAUAUGUCUUUUAAUUCUUUUUUUUUUUUUUUUUUUUUUUUUAAAUGUAUAUGAAGUAAGGUAAGAUUAUUAUUUAACUGUUGGAGCUGUUAUUUUAUUUUUUCAAUUUUGAUAAUAUUUGAAUUAUUAGUUUUGUGAUAAAUUUGUUAUUGAAUGAAAAGAAAAAUUGUUGUAAAUAGUGAUAUUUUUCUGUGAAAAAAAAUUCAAAAUUUAUUUAUGUUAGCUACUUGAAAUUUUUAUUUUUAAGCUCAUGUAAUAAAAACAAUAUAACUUUGGAGCCUUAAAUAUUUAUUGUUAUUUCCAGCAAGAUUAUCGAAAGGUUAUGUUAUUAUAGCCUUUUAAUUUAAAGUUGAAAUAUUCAAAACUAGGCAAUAUAGCUUAAAAUAAUUUGUCAAAUGAGCAUGUGUGAUCUGAUGAAACUAAUACAUAUCAUGUUAGGAAUUGUUUAAUAAAGAAUAUUGUUGUGUCUGUCUAGAUUAAA